CCCAAGGGGUCUGCCCCACCAUUUUUAAUUUUUUAGGGGUCCACAAAUGGGAAAAGGUUGAGAAUUGCUGUCCUAGCAGGGGAUGCUUCCUCUCCCUUGGCCUAGCAGAGUCUCUUAGCACAAGUCCUGGGCUUCAUACUCUGGCUCCAGUGUCACCUUUAAAAUAACCUUCAAUCAGAGGGUCAGCGCACUCCUUGUAGAGGUUCCAGGUCCCCACCCCUUCUGGCACAAGAGCAGGGCUUUGCCUCACUCUUUUCUGGUCUAAUCCUUUCCCUCCCUCCCACGCAGCCGAGAAGCUCGGUUGUUACCAUGUCACUCCUCUCCAGAGAGGGCAGACGGGUUGCUGUCAAUGUGUAGGUGCCGCACCUGCACCCUUCAUUCCCCCAGCAGGCCCACUGAAGUCAGGGUUGCAGGGAUCUUGGGACUUGGUGACCGAUUCUGUAGGACGUAAAACACAGUAUUCAUUGUAAUCGGAACAGGAAAUUCCCUUGUUUAUUACAGCUUUGCCAUUCCAGCCUGGUUUAGAAACGCUGGCUAGUUUUUCCUUCUCAUUUUCAUAACAUUUCUGAUAUUUCCAAUUGAUGGUUUAGAAACAAAAUGGUGAGUCUGCGAGGAAGAGUUUCUCCAGCCAGUGUGCAGUAGCUGCGUGGCAUGGCUGCCUGCUCUGAGAACUUGGCUGUAGCUGCGAGGGUCAAAGGAACCCAUGCUGUGCAGAUCGGGAAAGCAUCCAGGGAUUACAAGGUCUCCUCCAUUCCUUAUAAAUACGAGACAAGAGUGAUCCCAAACACUGAAAAAAAGGGAUUUAAUUCUCAAGCAAAGAGAUUUCAGUAUAACCAGAAUGAAAUUCCAGGCCCGGGAUUCUACAAUGUCGUUCACCAGCCUGCAGAGAUGAACAGCACCUCCCUGUCGACGAAAGGAACGGGCUACUUCCCGUCCAUGGAUGCUCGUCUCCCCUGCAACAGAAAACCCAGCUACCCGGCUGCGAACGCCUACGACCUUUCCCUGGCCUUCCAGUCCAAGCAAGAUUUCAGCACCGGAAACUCCAGCAUGUUUCAGCAGCCCAUUGCUAAGAAGCGAGUGCAAAAGACCACCCCAGCGCCCAAUCAGUACAAAGCCUCUCUAGAUUUCUGCAAGCAAAGCAACAACGUGUGCGCCCGGGCGGUGUUUGUGUCCAGAACGCCGAGGGGCUUGAGCCUUGACAAAGCGGACAAAUGGCCCUCUCCGUGCCACUACAGAAUCAACGAAUCCCUGGUCCAGAAGUCACCCAGGAUCCCCGUGUCUUGCUUCAGAUCGAAUACCCAUCGGGGAGCAAAGGUGCACAACACAAGUCCCGGGCCGGCUGCCUAUCAGCUAGACAAGCCCACAGCCGCCGCAAAGAAGCCCCCUUCCACGCGCAAGCAAAACUUGAAUUUCUCUGCCGCAGCCGUACCACCUCCUAAAAACCCACCUCUGCCGGGGCCGGGGCAGUACGAAAUAGUGGACUACGAAGGCCCGCCGAAGCAUUACAUCUCUAGUGCUGUAUUUGUUUCCAGUACGGGACGGUGGACAGGGAACACAUCUCGACAAGGGCUCCCUGGGCCAGGUACGUAUCUUCCAGAAGUACCAGGGAAGCAGUCCUUUCUCUACAACGUUGAUAACAAGUGGAUUCCAGUACUGUAGGCAGGAGCGUCCUCACACUUCGGAGAAAUUCUGCAAAGACUGGACUCACCCUAAACCAGCUGUGCACCCGCAAAUACAUGAACAAGCUACAGUAUCCCCAGCACCUAUGUCUUAACUGGCCUUGUAGUCUGGCAGCUGACCAUGGUAAUUUGCACAGAUUGCAGACUGAAAGCUGAUCAUCAGGCUGAAACUGACGUAAAAGCUUCCAAUUAAGUUGACUUUGAACAAGUCAAGCAAAUACUGUUUGAUUCUUUUUAACCCUCUGUAAUUAGUGGGAAUGUAUCUGUGGGGCUAAUCAAUUCUGGUCACAUAUCGGCCAAUCACGUACAACACUUGUGAUAAUCUAUUGCUUGAUUUUUAUCCCUGGUUGAAAUUGUGGUUCUCUUGACCCUCCAGUUGAACCUCUGGCUUUUAGAAUCCAGGUGUGCUUCUGGCUCCCUCCCUCCAAGCACAAAAUAAAUCUGUCCUAGU